CUUCCAGGUGCAGUUUGCUGAGUGUGCAGCAGAGGUCGGCCAUGUCUCCCAUCAACUCCACCGAGCUGCAGUCGCUGCUGUUCUCCUUCCUGCAGCGAUGCCUCAACAGCACCAGCACGCAGCCUCACAACGACACUACCCAGCAGGCCGUGCAGCAGGCGGCCCCCGCUCAGUCUCAGGGCAUCAUGUACAUCCUCCUGGUGGUUGGCCUGUUCAGCUUCUUCACCUUCGGCAUCAUGUUCAGCUACAUUCGCUCCAAGAAGCUGGAGAGCUCUCAGGAUCCGUACCACCAGUACAUCGCCCACGACUGGAGCUCCGUCAGCGCUCCGUCCAGGGCCGUCGCUCAGGCUCUGCACAGGGAGAGCUGCACCAACAAGGAGCCCGUCGUCAUCUGCAACCCUGCAACACAAGAGCAGCUGCCAGACUAGAAGCAGACAUUCAGAACAUUUCACACGUUCAGUUUCCUUUUAAAUAACUUUUAAUGUCACAUAGCAACCAAAAGUUACAGUGUCGGGUUGG